GCCACUGUCGGCAGACAGGAUACUGGGCUGGAUGGAUUUUUGGCCUGACCCAGUAUGGCCGUUCUUAUGUUCUUAUAUAACAAACUGUGAUGUAUAUUUGCUUUUCAUACACAAAAUGCAGUAGCAGUUUUUGGAACUUAAAAAGGAGAGAAUGUUCUGACAGGGCAGGCAGUCCUGUUAACAGCACCCAGCUGUAAUCCUGAUCUGUAAAAACAAAAGUGUGAACAAGUUUCUCAAUCUUGUAAAUAUGCAGUCACUAGCAGCAUUACAGGGUUAUUAAAAGAGAUGGUGAUGAGGAGCUUUACAACACAUGCUAUUCAAAGGCUUAGAUGCUCCAUUGUAAAAACUCAAAUGCCUGAACAAAUAGCAGGCACCAGGAUAAAGUAUGUGCUUGUGUCCAUUCAGGUCCAGUGCUUCGAAAAGGCAUCCAAAAUGUACGUUCAUUGAUGUCUAGGCUACGCUACAAAGUUAGGUCAAUAUAAGCCACCUUGUGAGAACCUAGUUGUACAUGUGUCUACACUUAAAUUUGUCUCCUAUUUGGGUAAGCAUGCUGUUACAGUAAUGCAGUAACACCAUCUCCCCGAGUGGCACUGGGCCAUGGUCAAUAUACUGAGGCUGACACGGUACAAGUGUAGAUACUGCAUUUCCUAUGUUAACCUUAACAGACUUCCUGCAGCUGUCUCACAAUGCGUGAAACCAAGCACUCUGGUCAAAAUUGUGAAUUUCACCAUCCAGGGGUCACAGAGACGAGAUGCCUCCCCCCCACACCAACCUGUUAAAUCACUGCAGAUUUUUGAAAUGCAUUUUCCUGAUUGUCCAGUUUGGCAAGCACACCUAGCGGCCCUCCGUUGUUGUGUGCAACUGCCCAGCUGACCAUGUGAGCUACGCGCUCCAGAUGCAUUCUGGCUUGGAAUAGACAGAAGGUACUGGAUCUCCUGGGCCUAUGGGGAAAAGAGGACAUCUAUGAGCAGAUUGCAUGGGGGAUGCGGGAGAAGGGAUAUGAGAGAGAGCAGCGGCAAUGCUACCUGAAAGCAAAGGAACUGCAGCAGGCAUAUCAGAAGGCCAGGGAGGCCAACAGUCAAUACAGUCUGAGCUGCAGACUUGCUGCUUUUACAAAGAGCUGCAUGCCUACUUGGCAGAGACCCCACCACCAUCCUGCACACCAUCAUGGAUAUCUCCGAGAAGCCCAAGUCACAGCCCCUAGUUUGAACAGUGAGGAAGAGGAGGAGGAGGACGGGGGACAUGUGACUGAUGGGUUUGGCUGCCCUGCAAGCCAGGACCUGUUUGAGACUCCACUGCGAUCCAGUCAGUCCUGGCAGUAGAUCAUGGACAAGCCCAGUGCAGGGGAAAGAACCUCAGCUGCUGCUUUUGUGGCCAUGAGAGAUUCCUCUUCCACCCUUGCCAAAUGCUGAGCCGGACAAAGAGGAGAAAGAAGAGAACUCAGGAUGACAUGUUCAGCGAGAUCAUGUAAGCCAGUGCUGCAUCAGACUGGGAGCAGAGGGCCUGGAGGGUGAAUAUUGCAGACUGUAUGGAGAAGGACAGAGCAGACAGAAGAAGCACCAGGACACAAUGGAGCAUCUCCGGCAGCGCGCACAGAUGUUGCAGACUCUUGUUGACCUACAGGUUCAACGGUCAUGGGCUCGCUUUCCCUUUGCAGUCCAUGGAGAACUCCAUUACAGCUCUUCCCUACGUCCCUCGCAACAUUCCAUUUGGCAUCAGGGGCCCACAUCCCUACUCUGACCACUCCAUGCUAGGGGACGUUAAAAACAGCUACACCUUCACAUGCACUGACUGUGAAAGCCAUGGUUGCUGAAUGUGUAGCUAAAAUGGACAUGAAUGUUCCUUUCCCUUGUAAAGUUCUGUUCCAUAAAUUUAUUCAGUUUUUAAUGUUUUUGCUUUUAAGUUGCUUUUAAAUUGCACAGUUUUCUUUGCACUGGUUUUGUUAUUCAAUUUUCUGUUGGGAAAAUUAAUUAACAUGCUGCAGAGUGGCUAGUGGUACUGAAAGUACCUGCUUACUUGUUGUUGUUCAGUGUGACGCAACUCAGGAUCAGUGACAAACACAGUGUAAUAAUCAUAAAUGCACAGCAAGCACCACAAAAUUAAGUUACUUUGACAGUGUUAUAUUCCUAGAUGUACACUAAGCACCACACAAUUCCUAACAAGCCUCAAAACAGCAGGUCCAGGUGUAGCCCAGUACACCACAACACAUUACUGUGAUUCAAUGUUCAGGUGCUCUUCCAAAGCUUCCCUAAGCUGUAGAGUUCCUUGUUGAGCUCAUCUGAUAGCCCUUGUGUCUUGCUGUUCAAAGUCAGCAGACAGCCACUCUACCUCCACCCCAGUGGCAACUUUCCCCCUUCCCUUCACAGAUAUUAUGCAUGGCAAGCAGGCAGCUGUAAUGGCUGGGAUAUUUUUUUUCACUGAGAUUCAAUCUUGUGACCAAACAGGAUCAGCGUCCCUUCAAUCUACCAAAAGUGCAUUCAACUGUCAUUCUGCACCUGCUGAGCUGAUAGCUGUUGAGGUGGCUGGUGUUUGACUUCAUGAGCUGGAGGCUGGAGCCCCCAGGAUCACUAGUGUAAUUUCAACAUUGCAAAUGGUAAUCAGCUGGUUGGGAAAGAGAGCAUCUGCUUGUAGCUUUCUACAAAACUGCCUUUUUAAAGAUGCAAGCAUCAUGCACCUUCCCUGACCAGCCAGCAUUGAUGUGGAUGACUCAUCCCUGGUGAUCCAGCAAGGCUUGCAUAACCAUAGAAAAGUAGCCCUUUCUGAUGACAUGCUUGGUGGCAAGGUGAUCUGGUGCCAAAAUAGGGAUAUGCGUGCUGUCUCUUACUCCAUUGCCAUUUGAGAACUUCAUUGCUGCAGAUCCACCCACUGGGUCCUGCAUGUUGCUGAGAGUCAGUCCUGCGUAACUGGAGACAGUUCAUGGCCUGCACACUUGUAGGACAAUGGCUCCCACCCUGAAUUUUCCAGCUCUGAAAUGACUUCCCACUGACUGGUAGCAAUCCAGCAUUGCAAAUUACCACAAGGCAAUUGCUACUCACUUCUCCGAUGUCAGUGCAGCUUUCAUUCUGGUGUGCCUAUGUUGGAGGCCUGGGGCAAGCUCGGCGCAUGGAUCUGGGAAUGCGACCUUGUGCUUCCAAAAGUUUUGCAGUCACUGAUCAUCAUCCUAAGCCUGCAUGAUGAUGCAAUCUCACCAGUCAGCGCUCAUUUUUCAGGCCCAAAAGCGGCACUCCACCAUUUGCAGCUGCUUCGUGAAUACCACCAACGAUCUUGAAUUGGUUCUCGCUGGUCUCUCAGCAAUCUGCCCUCCUGCAAAUCAUCAUGUUCCCUGUGGCUUUUCUUGCAGCAAUGCCAAUACUGAAGGAUUGUGUGUCUUGUGCUUGCAACACUUAAUGGCAGUAGUUAAGAGCUGUUCAGGCUCCAUGAUUAUGUCACAGAAGGUGGACAGCGAGGAGGGCUGCAUGGGAUUUUAAACAGGUGAAAAUUGUGGGCUAUAGAUGACAUGGAAUGGAAACGGUUGUAAUCUGGUAAAUUGACUUCUUGCACCCCAUCACCCCUGCAUGACUAGUUUCUGCCUUCUCAUGAAGUGCCAAAACUUACCAAAAGACAGUGUGCUGGAUGGUGGCGGGUUGCGUACUGGGAUACCUACCCAUGGUGCACUGUGCUGUGCAUCAACACAGCCAUUCCUGGACUUGACUGGCAUAGAGUCUAUGGAUCAGUGUCGUCAUACCCUGGAGCAACACAACUGGAACAUAGAGGCAGCUGUACAGGACCGGUUGAAUGAGCAAGAGGGUGUCCCAAGUGUCUUCAAUCCACCUCCAUCCCGGCCAUUGCAGGUCAAUACAGCCGACCACAGGAUCUACAGCUACGUUGUUUCAAGGCCGCAACCAAGGGGCCUGUUGGGAUGGGGUUACUACUUGAUAAUGCUUCCAUUCCGAUUUACCUAUUACACGUUACUUGAUAUAUUUAGGUUUGCUGUGCGUUUUAUACGCCCUGACCCUCGCAGUAGGGUCACAGACCCAGUGGGUGACAUUGUUUCAUUUAUUCAUAUGUUUGAGGAAAAAUAUGGGAGGAUACACCCUGUCUUCUACCAGGGAACGUACAGCCAGGCGCUGAAUGACGCUAAGCGGGAGCUGCGCUUCCUUUUGGUUUAUCUUCACGGUGACGACCACCAAGAUUCAGAUGAAUUCUGUCGCAACACACUGUGUGCACCGGAGGUGAUCACCCUCAUCAACACUAGGAUGCUUUUCUGGGCAUGCUCCACAAACAAACCAGAGGGAUACAGAGUGUCCCAGGCUCUGCGUGAGAACACAUACCCAUUCCUCGCCAUGAUUAUGUUGAAAGAUCGCAGAAUGACGGUGGUGGGGCGGCUAGAAGGCCUCAUCCAGCCUGAUGACCUCAUUAACCAGCUGACAUUCAUCAUGGAUGCCAACCAGACGUACUUGGUGUCUGAGCGCCUGGAAAGGGAGGAGAGAAACCAAACGCAGGUCCUGAGGCAGCAGCAGGAUGAGGCGUACCUGGCUUCCCUGCGGGCGGAUCAGGAGAAGGAACGCAAAAAAAAGGAGGAGCGGGAGAGGAAGAAGAGAAGGGAAGAAGAGGUGCAGCAGCAGAAGCUAGCGGAGGAGAGACGGCGCCAGACUCUGCAGGAGGAGAAGGUGCGCAGAUCGGAAUGCCUCCCACCAGAGCCGCAGCCCGAUGACCCGGAGAGCGUGAAGAUCAUUUUCAAGCUGCCCAACGAUUCCAGAGUGGAGAGGCGAUUCCAUUUCACACAGUCGUUAACGGUGAUCCAUGACUUCCUAUUCUCCUUGAAAGAGAGCCCAGAGAAGUUCCAGAUUGAGGCCAACUUCCCUCGCCGUGUCCUGCCCUGCCUCCCUACAGAGGAGUGGCCCAACCCUCCCACGCUGCAGGAGGCUGGACUCAGCCACACGGAAGUUCUCUUUGUUCAGGACCUCACGGACGAUUGACACUUUUCCAAAACACGAUGGAAGGAGAAAUUCAGAUUAUUAUAAUACAAUAUUUUUUUUAAAGACUGCUGUGUACAAAUGAGGGAUCAGAGACCACGUCACCUGCGCCAGCCACGCUGUGUGUCUGCGCUGGCGCGAGGAAGUGUGUGUGAUCCAUGGCUCACCCACUCCCAUGCAGUCAUCCCCUUACACUUGACGGCAGAGAGGGAGAGGGGCCACCAUGGCCCUCCCCAGGGAAGGGCUGAAAUGGCAGCUUUUGGUCAAUGUUGCUUUUAUUGAAAAUACUAGACCCCCAAGGCCUGCCGUCUUGUGAAGAUUUGAUACUUUGCUGCUCCUGGUGGCCAAAGGACACUGCACCUGUGCAAUGGGUUGGGGGCCUGCCUGCCUGGGGAGGGGAGGGGAGGGAUGGACAGAAUUUCUUCGGCUUCCCCCUGUGUAUAAACACCUUCCUUUUACUAGUUCUCUUGCUUUGUAAUGACCAAAGGAGACUGGAGUUGACAAUGGUAUUAAUUUUUUGAUAAAGAGCUGGUUGAAGUUCUUAACGCCAUGGGAUCUUGCCCAGGGUUCUUAGCCUGCGUAGUGUAAUAAACUCUGCCUCUAGCGUGCCUGUG